UAAAUGUUCAAUCUUAUCAUCCGAAUUCAUAUCGAUUGGAAAUUUUUACGCAACCAAGAUGUAUUUUUAUCAACACAUAAUGUCAUCAUCAAUGAAUUUUAAUUACAUUUUUCUUAGUUGCAUCAUUCUAUUAGCUUUCAUCAUCGCUCCAGUUCAAUCAUUGAAAUGUUUCAUAUGCCAUACGAAUGAUAAUGAACAAUGUGAAUUACAAGAUUGUCCAGCCGAUCAGGCUUAUGAUCGUUGUAUGACAACCUUAUUCAAAAAUCCUUCGGAUGGGAGAAAUAUCAAAAAAGAAUGCGCUCUAGCUCCAUGCCAUUUACGUGGUCUGCAACAUUGGAAUUUCGCCAACUUCAAAUCUAAUUGUGAAUCAUCAAAACAAGAUGAUUGUAUAUAUUGUUGUACGAAGGAUGGUUGCAAUAAAGAUUCGGCCAUCACAUUGAUGGCCAAUGCUCCUCGCAUUAUCAAUGUAAUAUUUUUAUGCCUUAUAGUUUCAUUACUAUCGUCGUUUUUAUCAACAUCGAAUACUAUCGUAUAAUUUCAACGAAUAUCAAUCAUCUUAUUAUAUCGAUUUGAGAAUAUAAAAAAUAAUCAAAGCACAAAUUAUUAAAUAUUCUAGUUUUUUUUCAUCGCAUAUGAUAAUUCACAAUAUUGAAUAAUUAACGGAUUUUUUUUGAAACAUUUUUUUUCAUCAUCACAAUUUUAGAUGUUCGCCAUGUAUGCACACCUACACACAAACACAUAAAAUUCGAACAAAAAUGGUGAAAUGUGCCAAAACU